AUGUUCUUUCUGAUCAGUUUUCUAUCGCUUUUACCGGCUAGUUUUCUCUUUUUCCUUGCGGCUUUGUCUCCCAAUUGGUUAACGUUUACGAAAUUAUAUCCGACUGGAAAUGUCAUUGUUCAACGAGGAUUAUUCUUUAUUUGUUACGUUAUUUCAAGCAAUGGAACUCACGAAACAACCCGAUGUGUGUCGAUGAUACAUCAGCAAGAAUCAACUGAGCCGGACAGAUGGAUUCAUGGUUUUGCGCUCGGAGCGGCAUCUAUGGCGAUGAUUUGUAUCAUACUAAGUCUAAUUAUUUUACUCCUAUCAGGUAUUUACUUCCAACGUCGUCGACGAAGCGAUCAACAUCUAUGGUAUUUACUCUCUAUGUGUCUGCUACUGUUUAUCAUUCUCGGAUGUUCAAUAUCAGUUUGGAUUUUACUUCUCUCCGAAACACUCGGUCUUGGCACGGCGAUUGACAAUCGUAUGUACAGAUGGCCAAUGUGGGCUGCCAUUCUGUCAACAAUGGGUUAUCUGUUAGCGUUUAUAACAAUGUUUUCGUCGUUUUGUACACUGUGUCGACGUGAUAAGACAGUGCAAACGCAAAUUAGUCGCAUUCGAGAUCAACUACGGGUUUAG